AUGGCUGCGCCAUCCGAGGAAUUCUCGGUGAACGCGAAUGAAGCUGUUCGUAUCUCUCUCGUCCAGCCCGGCCCGAACAACAAACUCAUCACCCGACAUGAAUUUCAUCCCAAAUUCACCUAUCCCAUCGUUGGAGAGGCAGAGCAGAUCUUCGGCUACAGAGGCCUAGACGUCGAGAUCCAGUUUGCAGCUCACAGUCUGCAACCACAUAUCAAUAUCUCAUACCAAAAGAAAUUCAGCACCAUCGGUACUACAAGCGCGCUCGAUCUCAACAAGACCUUCAGCAACUUCCUACCCCCAACAGCGUUUCAACAAGGGUUCGAGUCAGAAUUGCUGAACGACUCGAGAGCGGCAAAAUGGACACCUCCAGGCGUGUGUGUGAAGGAGUAUACAAGAGGCGGAGAGAAUUAUGAAGUGUGGGCUGGCUCGUUACUAGACAUGCCAAUGAGAACCCUGAUUGACAAUAUUCAAAUAUUCAUUGUCUUCUUCAUCGAAGGCGGACAGUUCAUCAACUUGGAGGAUGUCGACUGGACCUUGGACAGAUGGAGGGUCUAUCUUACAUACCACAAGGCAUCAAAACCUCCGGCACCCAACGCAUCUCCAUACUCAUUUGUUGGCUAUGCAACAACCUAUCGCUUCUACAAGUUCCAGAAACCUCCGAAAGACCAUACUCUCUUUUCAUUUCCGCCGUCAGAGACUAUUACGCCCAACACCCUCCCGUCGCGACUUCGAAUAUCGCAAUUCCUGAUCACCCCGCCUUACCAAAGCUCGGGCCAUGGCUCUGCUCUUUAUCAGGCCAUAUACGAUGAGGUCAUGGCCGAUCCGACGGUUUUGGAACUAACAGUGGAGGAUCCGAGCGAGGAAUUCGACAAAUUACGCGACAUGAAUGACUUUGACGUUCUGGAACCGCAGUUCAAAGCUGUCAACUUGAAGAUAGAUACGUCGCCCUUUGCUAGUCUGGAACGAGGACGUUUGAAGCGCAUACCGACUGCCAAAUUGCUCCCUCUCGACGAGCUCCAAGCCAUUCGAUGCAAGAAUAAGAUUGCAGGGCGCCAGUUCGCCAGGAUGGUCGAGAUGUAUCUUUUGGCGCAGAUCCCAUAUUCGCAUCGUGCGGCUGGUGGAGCGUCCCUCACCAGCCUUAUGGUCAGGGGUGCCAAAGCUCCCAAUCCAGACGACCGAACCUACUAUUGGUGGCGGCUGUUACUGAAACAGCGCAUUAUCAAGAAGAACAAGGAUUUGCUCCAGCAGAUCCCAUUCGAAGAGCGACUGCCUCAAAUUGAGGACAGUGCUCGUGCGCAGGAGGAUGAAUUUGAAGGCCUCAUCCUUUCGUAUGCACUCCGAAAAGAGAAAGAAGCAGAUCAGCAUGGAAACGGAGAGUCAUCGACCGUCGUUCGCAAGAGAAGGGUUGUUGAGGAUGACGAGGAUGACGAGUCGUUGAACGGCGAAGCCUCCAGGUCUAAGAGGCCCAAAGUUUAA